AUGCCUGGAUUAGUGCUGAAAUGCUGUAUAAAUUCAGGUCGAUCUGCUGCUGGCACAUUUCUUCGUUCAAGACAAAUGAGAAUGUCAUUUGGUACUACCAGCAAGAAUCUUUUUGAUAUUCAGUACAAACCAACUGCAGCUGCUUCUUUUUGUCUUGAUAGCAUUGUGCCUUGUUCACAGACUCAUGCUAGCUUGGUCAACAUGGCUAUAAACAUGAAAUCUUGCAAUUCACCAUCCACACAUGCUUUCAGCCAGAACUCAUACAACUCUGCGCUUCCCGAUAUGGCAUCUACACCAGCAUCAUCAAUUGGUUCUGAAACAUUGGCCGGAUUGGAUUCAAUGCCAGAUUCGCUAUCAGCAUUGAUUGCUGAACUAGAUCGCAUUCGACUAAUUUGCUUUUUAGGAAGUCAAAUGAGCGAUGAUUGCUAG